AGCGGGCCCCAGUGCGACCCUGGCCAGCCGCACCCGAGAAAAUAUAUCCAGGAUAUUGGAUUCCAUAGUUGGUGCUGCUCGAUAUUGCAUUAAUCGUCCCAUUAACGGCCGAAAACUUUUGGAAAUUGGGUGAUUUAUUUUCCGAGUUAGCGAAAAUGGUACAAUUGGAAAUUUUACAGGGCUACGGACAGGAAAGUGAGCGCUCGAGCGAGCAUCGGGUAGUAAUAUCUGGGCUCGGGUGGCGUGCGCAGUGCUCCGAGCGGGAGCGCGGAAAGGAGCCAGAAGAUAUGGCGGCGCCCGAGUGCGAGCGAGAGGCGAGGAAGAGGCGCGAGCGCCGCGACUCGGGCAGCGCGCACGAGCGCAAGGAGCGGCGCCCGCACAGCGAGGAGCGCCCGCCCCCGCCCCCGCCGCCACCGCCGCUACACGACCAUAACCGACUUGAGUCGGAACGUCGUGCUGAGCGCCUGUCCCGUGCCCGGCGCCCUCAGUUCGGCGGCAAGCGUCGCCGUCCCCCACCCCGGGCACCGAAGCACCCAAAGGAGAACGAGUGCUUCACAACAUCCGAAGAUAUCAGAUGCAGCACCCCGCCACAUUUCGACUAUGUCGUCGUACAAAAACCACAUUUAUGCGAGGAACCGGAGACGUUGGACGCGGGCGCCCUGCACCGCGUGGCGGCCCGCGUGGGCAGCGCCAGCGACGAGGCGGCCGCCAUCUGCGCCGAGGCGGAGCGCGCGCGGUGCGACGAGCGCAGUGCUGCCCCGCUCAACGUCGCCCGGAGGGACCAGCCAGUGCCCGACCGAAGGCUUGAGAAGAUCAAUAAGAAGAUCAACGUACUCAAAAAGAGUAUCACAAAAUACGAAAACGACUUCGAAGCCAAGAAUGGUCAUCCACUAACGCAAAGCGACAGAAUAACUGACGUAGCACUGACUCGCAUGAAUGACACGUUACGACGACUUCAAGCAGAGAAACGCCUCAUCAAAGCCGACCCUCUAGAAUACGCCCUCAAAGUACAAGCAGCCAAGCAACAGAAAGAAAGAGAUGAUAAACUUGAAGCAGCGCUGAAGAGCGAGAAACCUAUGACUGAAAUUGUUAAGGAUAUUGAAGAAUGGCUCGAAGGCUGUCGCGCGGUGGGUGGGCGCGCGGCGGUAGCGGCCAGCGGCUGGACGGCGGCGCAGCUCGCGGCCGAGAAGCUGUGCGUGCAGCGCGUGCUGCUGCGGCUGGAGGCGGCGCGCGGCCGACCGCCCGUCAACUCCGCCGACAGGGGCGCCGCCAGGCACCUCUACGAGACUUACAGAGCUGUCAAGCGAGUGCUGGCGACCGCCAGACCUGAUGCUGUCAUCGGAAACACAAAUGGUGAGCUAGCAACGAUACACGAACACGAGACGAUGCUGUUCAACACGAGCAUCGACAGCUCGAGCGACUCUCAGGAGAAACCCUCUGACUCCUCACAGGAUUCAAAGGACACUCCUCUCCAAUCCCCUCCGACCUGCGAGGGUGCUGUUGUGGUAGAGGAGGUGCCUUCCUCAUCAUCAGCCCAGUCCGGCGCCAGCGACGAGGCCACGCCUUCCAACGAGGGCCUCCACUUCCUCAGCCUUGAAGAACUGAACAAAGCGCUUGUUGAAGCUAAGCUGCAGAAAUCCGUCUUGCGGCGCACAAUCAAAGAGUACGAGGUUAGCUUCGAGCGUCAGAACAGCAGGAAAGUACAGAGGGAUGACAAAAUCAGUCACGAGGACGAAUACCUCAGAUACAAAGCGGUCAAGGCUCGCACCAAACUCAUCAACGCUCUGAUCAAUAAACAGAAAUCCAUGAACAAUAAUUAAAUCACCCACCAAAUAUACAAUAGAUUUUCUUAUAGCCAUAAAUGUUGUAAACUUAGGGCUGUGUCAGGAUGUUUGGUGUUUUUUUAAUAGUUCAUAUUCUGUACAGCCUUUAAAGACUAUUUAAGACUCGAAUAUUAUAAUUUUAGAUAUCCCACAUAGAAGUGUACGUUUUUAUAAACGGAUAUAACAGGCUUAACAACCUCCUUCCUUCUCGAUACUAACUCUAUUAUUAGCUGGCAACCCUAUUAGGGCUGUGACAGACUGUUUAUGUUCUUCAUUUUCAUUAUAUUCACGCUUUUUUUCUGUUAUACUCAAGUUAUGUUUAAAUGUUAGUUUUUAUGGUCUAGGAGGUCAUUAUAUUCUUCUAUUAGUUGACUAUGAUCAGAAAUGACGUCAUAAAAUCUAGUGCUUCCGAAAUUCUUAAUAUUAUUCAUAUGUAAAAUGAAUUGAAAUAUUUCUGUGAAAUUGCCCCAAUGUCUUUACAAGAUUGGAAGGGUCGUUUGUAUAUUUUACAUUAUAUCCGUAUUUCUUCUCAUUUCGAAUUGUAUAGUGCCAAAUAUUGUCAUUCUAUACAAUUGUAUAUUGUACAUAAAUUCAGCUUGGCGAGUUGUAAUAAGUUAAACCCUAAUUAAAUUACUGGCAACUAAUUAACAACCUGUUGUAAAUAUUUCGCUAUGAUUGGUAUUUUGUGACACAAUAGUAUUAAAUUACGAAAAAAAUAUAAUUAAACUGAGUAGAACCACACUACAGUUAAUUCUUAAUCUCAUAUAUGACAUAAUAAUAAGCUUGGGUUUCUGUAUUCAAGAACACUUAAAAACACUGGCUGACACAUUCGUCAUUGCUACCUUAAAAAAAUAAGAUUAUUAAAAAAAAAAACAUCUGUUUCAUCGACAACUCACUGCCUGAGAUUUGACUUUUGACUCGGAAACAAAACAAUGUAAACAAAACUGAUUUUCAAUCAUAACGGUACAAUCGGGUUCUAAAGCAAGUACAAGCAGUAUAAUAAUUAAGUAUUUGUAAUAUAAAUACAUGUAUACAUAACGCAAUUUGAUGUUGACUGUACUAUAUUAAGCGAAUAUACUUAAAUCUAUGUCAGCCUAGUACAAUCAGUUGAUGUUCGUAGCUACAUUGUUAAAUAAAUAUUAAUAUUAUAACACUUUUGCAACUGAUUGUACUUUUUCAAGGGAGUAGAGAUGGGAAUUGCUCGCUAUUUUCUAUCGAGAAAGAUUUUCGUGAAUAAUGAAUUUUGCGGAAUUUGUAACUUAAAUAUCGAAGGGUAAUUCGAGGUAUGGCUAUUGUAAAUAAUACUUAAGGACUUAGAUAAAUGUUAGGGGAUUAUUAUUCGAUCAUAUACGCCCUUAUAACUCUAUUAAUGUUAAACCUACUUAUCUAUAGUUAUAUAACUGUAUAUGUUUAUAACUACGCGACCUGAGGAAAGUAGAUUAAAAAUCUCGUUGUGGGUGACAUUUUUGGAACUUGAUUGGGAAGUGAAGUAAAUGAGCUAUCGAGAUUAUUUUACCGUCUCCUUGCGGUAAACUUAUUACGUAUUGUUUGUAGUAUUAUUUUCUUUUGUAUGUCCUAUUUAUUUUAUGUAAUAUAUUCGAUCUCAGUGUGUUAGCAACGUACAGGACCUUAGAUUGGGACUGGAUUUACGUUCUCUUAAAGAGGAUUAUAGCAGAUAAUCGUAUUUAGUGAUAAAGUACUUACCUGUGAUUUUAUUGUAACAAAAGAAUAAUCUUGUCUGACAAGAACUUGAAUGUUUUAAUGAUCGUUGUCGUAGAUGUUAGUUGACGAUUUUAUGUUGAACUAAAUUGUUUUCUUUUUGUGUUUUUGUAUUAUUAUUAUUCAUGUGUUGAUUCGAACAAUAUUUUUGAAAUGUAUGAGACUUGAAUAAUGAUUUAUGCUAAACAUAAUGUCUAUAUAACGUUGUAUAUUACGAGAUAAUUAUGAUGUUUAGAUACGAGUUGAAGUAUCAAAGCAUAGUAUCGAAAGACCAUAGGUACAUGUACCACGAAUUCUUAAACUAACGAAAAUCUAGCAAGCGAGGGACAGCACUAUACUAUCCGUAUUGGCGUCUCACUUUCACAACACCCUGAUGUAAGAGCUAGCAGUAUACCUUACCGUAAUUUUUGGUAUAUCUAGUCACGAAUUUAUUAACUAACUAAAACGGUAACCAGAAAACAUGUUCACAACGUUACGAUGCUUUGAUCUUCUCCUCGCCCUCGCUUGUCAAAAGACAAGCAAUUUUAAUACCUAAUUAUUGCUUUGCAAUAUAUAUUAUAAUAAGAUGUUCAGCGUAUACAAUUGUAUGACAAAUCAAAAUGGAUAUCAUAUCAAUGUUGGAUUGACAGUAAGAGUUUGUACCAAUCUCGUUAAAAUUUAGUGUUUAUCAGUUAUUCUUCUAACUUUACUUGUCAAGAUAUGUAUGCACUAAUACAGAGGAGGGGCUGCCGAUAGGCCUUAACAAAAUAUUAAUAAAGGUGUGGAAAAGAGACGGAGCUCUACGUCGUGUAUAGCUCUGUCCCGCUCCCACGCCUUUAAUAAUAUCACUUUAAGGUCUCAUGGUAGGUAUGUUUGUAAUAUUGAGCUGGAUGUACAGUUUGGUUUGAAUCUGUAAUGGAAAGCAUUGUAAUUAAUAAUAAUAAUACUAAUCAGUCAGUAGAGUUCCACCAAUUGCCACUAAUAUUCAUACUAUAAUGUUUAAAAUAAAAAUAGAGUCAAAUCUUGUUUUGUUUUAUUUAUAGAGUGGUGACGAAAUGUAUUUUGAGGAUUGCAGUGUCUUUAAUCAAGUGAGGUUCUA